AUAGAGUUUCUCCCGGUAAGAGAUCUCCCUGACGCCCAUAGAUUCAAUUUCUCCUCCCGUGUGACUUACACAUGAAUACAUGCAACAUCACGCCGGGCCCAGCGGCUUUUCAUGAAGCUUCAUAGCUGCUUUCUUCCCGAGCUGAGAGGAGACGAUGAACGACUCCGUAAACCCAUGGUGAUCCCCGAGCCCGCCCCGCGGCCGCUGCCCGGCGUCCUCUUACCUUCCCCGGGGCACCAUGGGCUCGUAAGAUGCCUUCUCUGUGGAAACGAAUAACAUUCUCGGUGGCCUCGGCGCUGUGUGUCGGCUCGGUGGCCCUCCUGGUGGUGGCCCUGUCCACAGAGCGGUGGGUUAUCGGACGGAUCCUGUGUAAAACCGGGGUGGACAUAGUGAACGCGUCCAGUCCGGAGCUGGACCAGUUUAUCGGGGACAUUUACUACGGUUUGUUCCAGGGAGGAAAGACCAAGAGGUGCGGACUCGGGAACAGGCGCUCCAAAAUAUACAUUUUUCCAAAGCUGGUGCAGACGCUGAAUGGGGGUCUUCACAUGAUGGUGAUUCUCUUCCUGCUGGUGGCGGUUGGCUUCGCCCUGGUCAGCCUGUCCUUCUGCAUUUACAACGCACGCAAGGUCCCCUACCAGAGCAUCAAAGGGCACAAAGGACUUUAUCUAUGGAACUUCAUUGCUGCUCUUUUUGGCGCCCUGGGGGUUCUUUGUUUCCUGGCAGCCGUGAAGCACCACCGUCUGACUGAGCGGGUGGCAAACCAUGGAGAGAACCUCUUCGUCCUUGAGGUUCUGGAUGACAGCCUGGACUGGUCCUUCUGGUUGGGGGUUGGCAGCGUUGGGACUCACUUCGCCGUUUGUGGAGUGGUUGCUAUGAGUCGCAUCAAGUUGCCCAAACCGGAGAUCAAGAAGCCGGAAGAGCCCACAAUCUCUGCCCUGGACCUACUCUACUAAAGAACACACACACACACACACACGCGCGCGCACACACACACACACACACACACACACACACACACACACACACACACACACACACACACACAGAAAAAAGAGUUAUUGGUUGUGUCUUCUGCUUUUAGCGUGGAAAAGAACAAAAAAUACUUACUGACAUUUGUGAUGACACCGUUUUAUAGAAGCUAGACUCAUUUCACACUCAUCCUCACCGAAAACUGAUUUUAAAGGACCUCAAUGUUUAUUUGCUCCUACUGAUUCUGAAUAGAUAUGAAAAAGCCAAUUUGUCCAUUUAGACAGAGGGAUUUAUUGUUGGGUUUACUUUGAUACUGUGGACAAUGAAGAGUGAUCCAACAGAAUCACUCUGAACAUUUUACGUUCAGUAUUGUAAAUUCGGUUUGUGUAGUAAAUAAAUGCCUGUAAAUAUGCUAUUUAUUUUUUCAUUGUACAUACAGAAUGUGAAUUACAGACAUUUAAAAUAUCA